GCACACACAUCUUCCCAGCCCGCAUAUAAAGCAAUCUCUCUCUCUUUCUCACACACACACACACACACACACACACACACACACACUACGUGCACACGCACGCACGCCUCAGUGAAAGCCUCUCACAUUCCCACAAGCGUACAAGCGCUUUGGAAGAAUUGGAUGGAGCCGCCGCGUCUCUCUCCGGCUCAGAGGAAUAAAAACACGCUGUACUCGCCGGUUUACAACGUUUUUCUUAAAACGCAACAACUUGCUGCUGAGAUUUCCCAACAACGAGUUACAUCUUUUGUCUUCUCUUUGACGCAAAAUCAAGUUUUUGGACGCGAAUAUCAGGAGCGAGUUUUACGCAGGAGGGACUUCACAUCAGCGGCUUUUGUUGUCUGUUUCCCUCCAGUGGAACAAGGAAUAUUUUUUCCGCUGGGGGAAUUUACAAGCAGAGUGUUUACGACUUUAAAGAGGCGGAAUGUUUUUAAGGAUUUUCCUUGAGUCGUAAUUAGGAGCGUGUUUCGCCGCCGUCAUUGUCCGGAGCGCGCAGUCUCUCCAUUUGGCGGAAAACGUGUUCGGCGCUGAAUAAAGUCAGGACACUUUGAAGAAAGCCCACUAACCCAUUGAACUGCUGUUGUGUAAACCCUGCACGGGAGCUGAACUGCUUCCUGUCAUCUGAAUCUUCUCCGGCAUGGCAUUCAGUGGAAGUAGCCUUCAAAGUGGAAGAUGGCUCUUUACUUUGCUCCAGGUUACAGCCUAAUCCCCCCGCAUGCCUAAUGGCACAGUGACAGACACACACUCGGCUCUGUGCAAAGGUUCAGUAUGACUGCAGCAGCAGGUGUGCUAACAGGCUUGGCUAAGCUAAAGCGCCAAGACUCCGCCCGCUCUCAGCACCGGCCCUUACCUACAUCACCAGGCCUGGGAAACUCCGCCCCAGAAGCUGCCCCCAGAAAGCGGAAACGACGCACAGAUGUUGUUGUAGUACGUGGUAGGCUCCGACUCUACUCUGCCUCUGGGUUUUUCCUCCUCCUGGGACUGGUCAUCUUGGCCGUAGGGAUCGGCAUGGCGACGCUGGGUUACUGGCCGCACAGUGAAACCACGCCCUCGGCCAGAUCGCCGACUGGAGGAGGAUCUAAGACAGCAACUGCUGGAGGAGCUAAAACAUCUGCCUCAGAGGGAAAUGGAGGCAAGUUGGCCGUCACAGACGAGGACAUGUCUAACUCCAGCACAAGUCAUAAUGUGCAGGGCACACCCUCCAAGCAGACCGGGGGCAUCCUGACACGGUUCCUGGAACAACAUCGUCACUCUGAGAGGAUGAAGAUGUUCGGGCCCUUCACCAUGGGCAUUGGGAUUUUCAUCUUCAUCUGUGCUAAUGCCAUUCUUCAUGAAAACAGAGACCGAGAAACUAAGAUAAUCCACAUGAGAGACAUGUACUCCACCGUCAUUGACAUCCAUCGCCUCAGGCAGAGGGAGCAAAAACACCACCAUCACCGCAACAGCACCUAUGCAAGAGAAGUUGGGGAUCUUCGGGCCUUUGGAGCUGAUAACACAGCACGCAUGGCCAGCAACUCCCUCCUGGCGUUCUCUUCUCGAGCUGGAGGCAGCGUUGGAGGCGGAGGGUCUACAGAAGAAGAGGAGGUGCUAUUAGGGGACGAGGAGUUUAACAGACAAAGGGGACAGGCUAAGUUGGACUGUAGCUUUGCAGGGCUGCUGGCGCCGCUCUACAAGGAUCGGCCCUUCUACGGUCCGGGAUUGGCUCGGUCGGAUUCGAUACGCCACCAGUGGUCAGUGGAUGGGGAUGGGGAGAAGGGAGGGCAUCACGCACGCUCUAUUGUCUCCUCCUCUAUAUCUGCAUUUACUCUCCCUGUUAUAAAACUCAACAACUGUGUUAUUGAUGAACCGGAGAUGGAGGCAAUUACUGAGGAGGAGCGAGGAGGAGAGAGAAGAGAAGGAGAGAGGUCACAGCCUCUGAGCUCCAUGGAGUCUCUGGUGGUCCCUGUAGCAUCUGUUGCCAAGGCCUCCAAACCGCCAGGAUUACACAGGAGUAACUCCGCCUCCUCUUCCUCCCACUGCUCCUCUGUAUCCUCUUGCUCCAUCUCCCCCGCUCCCUCCUCUACCUCAGGCUGCUGGCUCUCCCCGGGAGCAGCGAGGAGUGACUUUGGUUCAAACUCCUCUCUGCACAUGCUCAGCAGCCACUCCAAAUCUCUGGACCUGGAGCGCAGGCCGAGCAUGCUCAGCGUGCACCCGGAGCAGCGGAAGCACCCCAGCUGGCCCCGCCUUGACCGUAGCAACAGCAGCCGUAGUAACAGCAGUAAAGGCUACGUGCGGCUGGAGGACAGGGAAGAGCAAGGGGAGCGGCUGUUGGAUCCACCAGUGCGACGCGAAUACAGCAGGCGGGAGAAGCUGCUAAUGAUAUCAAGGUCGCAUAACAAUCUGAGUUUUGAGCAUGACGAGUUUAACAGCAGCACACUGAAGAGGGGAAGCUCUGAGACUCGGUUCUGAAGACGCUGAACAAAACGCUGAAGACAGUUCUGUCAAUUGCUCUCCAGACUGUGUACAGUGAGUUGGUGUCGGGGGGAAACUGACAAGUUUAACAGCUGCAUCCUGGAGAGAGGAGAGCGGAAACUCAAACGCAGUUUCAAAGACUCUUUUUGUGAGCAGCAGGCUGGAGAGCUGUGGGUAAUGGACCAUCAUACACAGCAGAAGGUUCAGGCCUCAUGUCAGCAAGAUGCUAACCGCCUACUGUGUCAGGUCCACAGGUGCUGGUCUGUGCCUGACCCUGACCUGUGACCUCUGUGGAGGGAGGCAAUUGAAAGUAGAAGUUCCCUACAGGAUUCAAUAAAAUGAAUCACAUUAUAUCAUCAAACCUCUUCCUGACAUACAGCGAGUGAGUGAACUCUGAUGGAUGGAGUGUGAUGAACUGUCCAGAUACAAGAGCUGCUGCAGCACGAGCAGAAGAUGAGAAUAUUUUAUGGGGCCUUUGUGAUUUGAUUUCUCCCUCUAAAAUAAAUGUUAUCUAUUCCUAACUAUUGCAAUUUUCUGAGUAAUAGGUAACCUCUGUAUUUUCCAACUUGGACUCAAUUUUCCAAUGUUUUGUUUCCAAGACACCAAUGGGAAAACAGUUCCAGAAAUUGGUCCAGUGUUGAGCGAGAGGGCUGCAGCAGGCAGUGGCAAAGUCUGCUGCGUUUGGUGAAAGCUAUUUCGGGGUUGUUCCUAGUUAAACAAAAAGGAUCCUACUCUUUACGAAAAAGGUCUAUCUCUGUUGGGAUGCUUUCCAUAACGUUGUCAGACAACUAUAAUGAUAAUCUGAGCCUGUCAGUGGCAAAAACACUUUUAGUAGAUGUAAAUUGACAGUGCAUAAUUGCCUAGAGAAUUUAUAAUGCAGCCUGUUUUGCAUUGUACAUUCAAAAAUGUUCCUAUUAGUCACUUAAGCAGGAUUUAUACUUGUGCGUCAGCUCUAUGCAGAGCCUACGCUGCAGUCAAUGCCUGUGGCCUACGCCGUUGUGAGCAUUUAUACUUGUGCGGUGGUGUGUCUGUGUCACUCUGCAGUUACACCUCCAAAACACUAGCUGGCAGCGAAGGUUUCUGUGAAGUGCUGUAAAGUUUAGUUGAUUCAAAACACACAUUAAACACACGUUAAACACACAUUAAACACAUUAAACACACAUUAAACAUGGCUUAAUAGAGACAGUUUCAAACACAAAUCAGCUUCACUAUAACUCGCAGCAUUCACAGACAAACACUUGUCUUUAUCUGGACACAUUUCCCCACAAAUACAACAUGCUAACGUUAUUAGCACAAGCCUAUGGCAUUUUACAUUGUAUAAAUUAGCCUAGCAGCUAGCAGACUUUUCCUCUACUCAUAUGAAGCCAGGGACAACAGCAACAUUUAACAAAGGUAACGUUAUACAAUUUGGCUCGAUCACAACUCACAAGGUUCACUGACAAAACAACUGUCUUAUACUAAACACGUUUUCCAAACAAAUACAACAUGCUAACGUUAUUAGCACAAGCCUAUGGCAUUUUACAUUGUAUAAAUUAGCCUAGCAAUGAGUGGAGAUUUCCUCUGCUCAUAUGAAGCCAGGAUAAAUCACACACAAGACUUAAAAUGCUAUUUUAGUGGAGGCUUUACUGUCUUUGAAAUUAGGUCUGUGUCGUCGCAGCGUGUAGUUACAUUUCUGGGGAGGUGCACAUCAGUCUAUGAUGUAGGAUACUGCGUCGAUUUGACACAGAAGUAUUAAUCCUGCAUUAGGCAAAAAACAUUGGAAAAUAGGUGUAAAUAUACAGAAGUUAAUCAUUUCCUCAGCCUCUCUUCAUCCAUGUUGACUGGAUGUUGGCUGGAGGAAAAACAGAAACGUCAAGUAUGUCUGGGUUGAUUUUGACCGUAUACUGUAUAUAAAGAUGGUGUAUCUUGUAUUUAACUGAGUCUAAUUAGAGUUUUGAUGUGGAACAAUGAAAACAGGUUGCAGGUAGAGCAAGUGCGCAAAACUUCACAUAAUUAGGGCCAGGGUGAGGCAACACUGUUUUGCCUGUCAGCUGACACAGAAAGCAGGUCAGGGCAUCUUCUUUGGAGAAAACGGAAACUAUCUGAUGUUCACUCGUUUGCAUCACAUCCAGUCAGGAAGAGGGUUAGGGGUUACUUCGUACAAAAAGUAGUGCUAAUAAAGUUUUAACAGGAUCUUAACCCUGAGACCACUCUUUAGGAUCAAUGCUGUUUCAUUACGACAGUUUGUGAAAAUUGUUUUUCUUCAAGUGCUAAAAGGUUUCAUUCUAGCAGCUCCUGGUGAAAUCAAGGACACGCUUUGAGCAAGUUUCUUCCUCAGCGGAUGGCAGUGACUCAAAGGGAAAUUUCUUAUAGCAAGGUCUAGAAAAGACCUGAGAAACUCUCAUGACCCGUUUGAUAUCAGAACAGAAAAAGCUUGGAGAGAUUAACAGUAAUACUGAUUAUCUUUGCUUGUAUGGAACCUUAGAAAAUAAAGUGCUUAAUGUGGUUGCUUAGAGAGCCUGAGGCUGAUAAUGAUCAUUCACAAGUGAUCUACAGGUCUUGACACAGAAACAGCAAACUAAACUCAUCCAGAAUAUGCUUAUAGCCUUGAACACGUAAUGGCAUAACACAGGGACAAGCCUCUAAAGUCCAAAAGGCAUAGACAUUAGUGGUACAGUAUUUGUUUUAAAGGUGCUUUACGUAUGUUUUGUGUCUGUGUGAUUCUCAGAUCGGAGCAGAUGUAGAAAUCCACACACGUCAGACAAAACCAGUUCCUGUAAUGUCAGUACGCUACAAAGCAUUGAUAUGAGUUAAAUCAACGUGCUGCAGGACACAAUAACGGAGUCCAUGUUGCCCUGCAGUCACAAUAUUGCUGCCCUUUCCCAAGAACUACAGUAAGAGAUUUUUUAUGUCUGCUGCUGAAAGCUAGAAGUAACAAACUCUGUCUACGGCUCCACUCCAGGCAUCUUAGGUUAAUGUCUUACUAGAGACUUCACUCAGGAUAUGCAGCCUAUUAUUCAUAUGUUGAUCAUUUUUUGUAGACCCUAAUAUUUGAAUAUUUAUAGACCUGAGUGUGAGCAGAAGUUUGAAAAAUUAAGGCUGUAACUAAUGAUUUUUUUUAUCAGUGAUCUGUUUGAAUCAAAGCUCUACGAACAGCCAAACAUGUCAGGCAAUAAUCAAAUCUGAGAAAUGUCGACUUGCUAAAUGACUUAAAUUGACUGAGAGAAUUGUCAUUGACAUUGACAAUUGUCUGUAUAAAACCAGGAGGCUGUAAUUAAAGUCCAACUGAAAUGAAAGUGCAUUUUCUUGUCUGCUACAGUCAACACAUAUACAGCUCCUUUUCUCUCACAAACAUUAACACACGUCUUGUCCUUGUAUUAGUCGAACGAGCGACUGAACAAAAACCCACAAAGGGAGAGUGCACUGCUAACGUCAGCUACAGCACAUUGAACAAUAUAAAUGUAAAUAAAUAAUACAUUUACCUGCAAAUACAAGUCUAGUCCAAAAACCAUAUUUACGCCUAACUGUGUCAGCUUGUUGCAACGAAACGUCAGUGUCACGGCCAUAUUAGAGAGGGCAAGAAAUGUCUGCACAUAAAUGCAAGUACACAAAUAGCUACAGUUUUUUGAAUAAAAUCAACUAUAGCUGUCUCCAGUUUAGUAGAAUCUCAACAGUUAAAUUGCUGCUGCACGCUCAAUAAAGCGUUGUGUGUUAGGCUUAAUGUUACAUGAACUAAAUUACCUAACAUUACAUGAUAAAAAAAUAAUUCAUCAUCAGGAGGAACUGUACAAACUAAUAUUUGUCAAACAUGGAUCUGUCUUCCAGGUUAACAGGUGUAGAGACUUCCCUAUAUGAUAUGAUUUAAUGUGGAAGUGGACAACUUUUCAACCAGCUAGCUCACACUGUCUGCUUAUAAACUCCUUAAUCAUACCAGAUGACCACGGCUCAUUUUAGAAAAAUGACUCAUUGCAAUCGGGUGAGAAAUAUUAACGUCAUAGUGUUUUUCAUCCAGAAAAUAACUUUUUUUAAUAGUCAAGUCUUGCUCUCUCCAAUAUGGCAGCAACACUGAGGUAGACAAAGACACGCACCCCCCCCCCAGUAGGCUGAGAGGUAAAGGAGCAUUCCUCCAAAGACUAUUUCCACCUUGAAAUGACACAAUGAAAGGGAAUUACUAGAUGUGAUUUCAGGUGGACUUUGCAAUGAGUGCAAUGCUGUUUUCUGCUACAGUCUCACACAUGCUGUGUCGCUUUUCAUUUAUUUAUUUUCUUUGGGACAACGUUCACCAUGUGAUGAUGACUGCAGGUUUGAUUUCAGGAAUUUAGCUACUGAGCAACAUAGUAAUAAUGUCUCCGAAUGUUUUGAUAUUAAAAGGCCAGUUCAUGCCAAAACCAAAAAUAUACAUUUUUCCUCUUACCUGUGGUGUUGUUUAUCAGUCUAGAUUGUUCUGGUGUGAGUUGCAGAGUGUUGGAGAUAUCAGCUGUAGAGAUGUCUGCCUUCUAUCUAAUAUAAAGGAACUAGAUGGCACUCAGCUUGUGGUGCUCAAAGUGCCAAAAAAUACAUUUGAAAACUCAACAUCAAUGUCUCUUUCCAGAAAUCAUGACCUGGUUACUCAAGAUAAUCCACAGACCUUGUUGUGAGCAGUUUCAUGCAGGAACUGUUUUCUUUCUACUGAACUACACCCACCAACUGAAGCACUGUGCAAAAGGAAGUGUGCAUCAGCUUAUUGAUGAGAGGCUUGUGGUAGUGCGAGAUAUAAACAUUAAUGGUGUCCUACUUGGCUGAGUUGUUACACUGAAUAGCUCAUUGGUGCUGGGUGAGCUUUAAAGGAUAACUUCGGUAUUUUUCAACCUGGGCCCUGUUU